CAUUGUUUAGUAAUGUCAGGCAAAUUAUUUGUAUUUUUAAAUCAUUCAAGGAUUUUUAAAUGGUUUCCUUCGAGGAAUUAAUGUAGUUUAAAGAAGUUCGUUUUAAAAUUCGUUCAUGCAAGUGCAACGGUGCGCAGAACGAUGCGCGUCAAUUCAUCUGUGAUCUUAGCCGUCAUCUGUGUAGGUUUGGUAAGGAGUGCGAGCGGGUUUUUCAUCAGAUUUUAUAGGAAAAUACGCGAUAUUAUCGAGUGAUUUGUGUGAACAUCGACUUAUUAGGGUCCUACCUUCAAUCACAUCACCUUAAAAAAUCAUGUUCUCCUUCCAUAGACCUAAGGUUUACCGGUCGUCUACGGGGUGUUGCAUAUGCAAAGCCAAAUCUAGCAGUUCUAGGUUUACCGAUAGCAAAAAGUACGAGGAUGAUUUUUUGGAAUGCUUCAAACUGUCGUCGCCCAGGCAAGGAGAGAUUUGCAAUGCUUGCGUGCUAUUGGUCAAAAGGUGGAAGAAGUUACCAGUGGGGUCAGACAGAAAUUGGAGACAUGUGGUGGACGCUAGGGCGGGACCCGGCAUGAAGUCCUUCACCAAACUGAAGACGAAAAACAAGAAGGUAACGGAGGAAAAGAUGGACGACAAGGUGAAAAAGAAGAAGCAUUUCGAAAGGGAAUACAGUCCUACGUUGUCCGACAAGAGUGACGCAGCUGAAGACAUGGACAUUGCUGACAUUGAUUUCCUUUCAGAAGAUGGUCCUAGUAUAACUUCGCCCGGAAACGGUAGUCCUGGAGUGAGUGACAACGAAGACUCGUUAGUAUCGCAACAGGAUAGAAGUCGCAGGCGUAAGGGCAAAUCGAGAAGAAGGGACGAAAGGAGCGAAAGCAUCAGCGGAUUUAUCGAUCUGAACUACUGGAAAAAGGAAGCCGUAUGUUGUGGUACGAUAUUCCGCGGCCGCAACGACGAGAUCAUGGUCGACCCGAGCCACCUAAAGCCCUGCGUGGCACGCCUAGCCCUUUGGAAAUCGAAAGCGCCGACUCAAGUACCUCCCACUCAGGUGCCUCUGCCCUGUACCGCGGCCAAACUGUACAGCGACAGCAGUUCGGACUCUGGCUACGACGAUUCCUCCAAUCAGGGCAUGGUAAUGUCGCCCGAGUCCGCUGUGGUUACGGCAACGCCGGAACCGGUGGCGCCGCUGUCCAGUGGUGUCAGUUACAAGAACUCUGAACGGGUAGCGGCGAAAAUUUAAAUCUCGCGCGCCAUCUGUUUUCGUAUUUAUCGAUCUAAUAAGUUAAAUUCAUAGGAUUUAUACUAUUCUUCUG